UGGACACAACAUUUUGGCUAAUAACCAUUAAGUUUGGGAAAUAACAUUGUGCAAAAACGAAUCUGAUAGAUCAGUUGUGAUCUGCACGAGAUGGAGAGCAGUAAUCCAAAAACGCAUUUCUACGAAAAAGAGCUCGACAUCCGCCACGUGAUCGAGGAGUCCGACUUACAGAACCUGGACCAGGCACUCAACAUUUGCGAUCUGUCCAGCUUGGAGAGGAAACUUCGUCUCUGGCAGAAACUGAUGCCCAAGAUAAAACCGCAUUAUGCCGUCAAAUGCAAUGACAAUCCGGUGGUGGUGAAGUUUCUAGCGGAUCUUGGAAUUGGAUUCGACUGUGCAUCGAAAAACGAACUGAAACUGGUGCUCGGCUUCGGUGUUUCACCUGAACGAAUCAUUUUCGCACAUCCGUGUCGUCCUGUCAGCCACUUGAAGUUCGCCAAGAAGCAGAAGGUGCUCAAUGGAACGGUGGACAACGAGUACGAGAUCUACAAGCUGCACAAGCACUAUCCCAACUCCAAUCUCAUCGUGAGAUUCAAAAGUGAGGCCAAGAAGGCGUUGUGUCCCCUGGGCGACAAAUAUGGUUGUGAUGCAGCAGCGGAUGGCGCGGCCCUAAUGCUUUUGGCCAAGGCUUUAAAACUUAAGGUGACUGGCACCAGUUUCCACGUGGGUUCCGGAUGCAGCGAGGUUGAGGCCUUCGAUCGGGCGAUCGAGAAGGCCGAGAACAUCUUCAGGGCCGGCGAAUUCAUUGGCCACGAUAUGAACUUACUGGAUAUUGGAGGCGGCUUUCCCGGCAUCGACGAUAACAUGUUCGGAAAGAUGGCGGAGGCUGUCAACUCUUCAGUGCAGCUCCGCUUUCCCGAUGAGCGUGUCCAAAUAAUCGCCGAACCAGGGCGAUUCUUUGUGGGAGCUGCUUACACUUUGAUCUGCAAGGUUCAUGCCAAGCGAGAAGUCCGCAGUAAAGAUGGAAAGCUGGAUCAGUUGAUGUACUACCUAAAUGAUGGCAUAUUCGGUGCAUUCGCGGGACUCUUUUACUAUCCCGAACCGGUGACUCCUCAGCUUUACUUGGAUGAAGCUGAAAAUAUGCCAAAGUUUAGAUCUGUGAUUUGGGGACCAAGCUGCGAUGCACUGGAUAAGAUAUCGGGAGACCUGUUCUUACCCAACUUGAACCCGGGGGAUCUUUUGGGGUUUCGCAACAUGGGAGCCUACGCAAUGCCCAUUGCCAGUCCCUUCAAUGGAUUCGACGUGCCUGAGACUCGGUUCUAUCGAGCUAAAUGACUUUAUUUCAUUUUGAAUGUUUU